GCCCUGCUUUAAAGCAAGACACCCCAGCUGCUGCUCACUCUUCAACCUCCCCAUUCUGAUACAGCUUUAACUGUGGAAUGAGACUCAGCCUCUCUGGGCUCUGAGAUGCAUGCGGGAUUAUCUGAGACCAAGUUCUUUCCCUCUGGGAUUUUUCUCCUCUGCUGCAAUGCGGUUUAUGCCACCAAAGGGAGCAAGAUCUCAACCUGGCAUUUCUAAACUAAAGCAGAAGCCAUUUGGAGAAAUUCAGGGGAUGCUUAAGAGGCUGUGUGUGCACACAUGCGUGGACGCAGUAUGCUGAGGAUGCAGAUCUGAUAUAAAAAGGGGGAAUCUUAAAAUCAUCCUCUGGGCACGGAUGCUCAGGAGCCCAGGCACUGGGCAGGGAUCGUCCUGAAGGACAUCAUCGCCUGGAAGCAGAUGGCUUUUGGACUUUUCUCUUCAGCACUUUAUCCUUUGUAGUGGCAGCCUUCAUAUUAGGAGAUUUGACUGCUGCAUUUUAAAAACCCAGCCUUCCUAGUGUUCCUAGUACUGCCUACUUACUGUCUGCUCAGCAAAGCUCACUGAGAAGCCAGAGAGGUCCCUGGCUGCUGGAUCCAUUCUGUCUUAGAAAAGCAGCUGACUGCGUUGCAAUCCACACAGCUUACUCUUUGACACGAUGGAAUUGUUUUGAACUUCUUUAACUUUUCCUUUUCUACUUAAAAUGUCAGCAAAGGUGGUAGAGUCUCAAGAGAGGGCUUCUGAUUUCUGAGGCUAGCAAAGGCAUCGGGCGACAUGAAAACUUCCCUGCUGAAUUCCAGAUUCAUGAAGGAUUUCUCCAAGCAUCUGCUGUGUUUAGAAUGGCUUGCAGGAAUCCCUUAAAAAAUUGGAAAUUCUGGGUCAAUCUUUGAGAGCAAUGGCUGAAAAGGAAAGAUGAACACUUCGGGGUAGGGGUCCUGCGAGCUGCCUUAGGAAAUGAUUGACAUCUGCUACAACUGGCUGACUUGGCUUUUUCCAUCACAAUUUGAGGUCUUCAUGUGCUGUCCAGUAUCUACUGCAGGUCAGAUGGAGCAUAGGAAAGCAAGGGAACCUAGUAACAAAAGGGUCAAACCCCUUUCCAGAGUCACAUCGCUAGCUAACCUCAUCCCACCUGUGAAGACCACACCGUUAAAGCGCUUCAGCCAAACCUUGCAGCGGUCCAUCAGCUUCCGAAGCGAGAGCCGCCCCGACAUCCUCGCCCCCCGAGCCUGGUCCAGAAAUGCCACCUCCUCAAGCACAAAGCGGAGAGACAGCAAACUGUGGAGUGAGACCUUCGAUGUGUGUGUCAAUCAGGUGCUCACCGCCAAGGAGAUCAAGAGACAGGAGGCAAUCUUUGAGCUUUCUCAAGGUGAAGAAGACUUGAUAGAGGACUUGAAAUUAGCAAAAAAGGCAUACCAUGAUCCCAUGCUGAAACUCUCAAUAAUGACAGAACAAGAACUGAACCAGAUUUUUGGGACACUGGACUCUCUAAUUCCUCUCCAUGAAGAGCUCCUUAGCCAGCUUCGAGACGUUCGGAAGCCCGAUGGCUCAACAGAGCACGUUGGUCCCAUCCUCGUGGGCUGGCUGCCUUGUCUCAGCUCCUAUGACAGCUACUGCAGCAAUCAAGUUGCUGCCAAAGCCCUGCUGGACCACAAAAAGCAGGACCACAGAGUGCAGGAUUUCCUCCAGCGCUGCUUAGAAUCACCCUUCAGCCGCAAACUUGAUCUCUGGAAUUUCCUUGAUAUUCCCCGGAGCCGGUUAGUGAAGUAUCCUUUGCUCCUUCGAGAAAUCCUGAGGCAUACGCCAAAUGAUAAUCCAGACCAGCAGCACCUGGAGGAAGCUAUAAACAUCAUUCAGGGAAUUGUGGCAGAAAUCAACACCAAGACUGGGGAAUCAGAAUGCCGUUAUUACAAAGAGCGGCUUCUGUACUUGGAAGAAGGUCAGAAAGAUUCCUUGAUUGACAGCUCAAGGGUCCUGUGUUGUCAUGGAGAGCUGAAAAAUAACCGGGGUGUGAAACUCCAUGUUUUCCUGUUCCAAGAAGUGCUGGUGAUCACCCGAGCUGUCACUCACAACGAGCAACUCUGCUACCAGUUGUACCGGCAGCCUAUCCCUGUGAAGGACCUCACGCUGGAAGACCUGCAGGAUGGAGAAGUUCGGUUGGGUGGCUCUCUGCGUGGGGCCUUCAGCAACAACGAGAGAAUUAAAAACUUCUUCAGAGUCAGUUUCAAAAAUGGAUCCCAAAGCCAGACCCACUCGCUACAAGCCAACGACACCUUCAACAAACAGCAGUGGCUCAACUGUAUCCGUCAGGCCAAAGAAACAGUUCUGUCUGCUGCCGGGCAGGCUGGCUUGCUUGACUCUGAGGGACUGGUCCAGGGUCCCAGCACUGAGAACAGGGAACCACAGGGAGAAACAAAACUUGAGCAGAUGGACCAAUCGGACAGCGAGUCGGACUGUAGUAUGGACACCAGCGAGGUCAGCCUUGAGUGUGAGCGGAUGGAACAGACAGAUGUUUCCUGUGCAAACAGUAGGCCUGAGGAGAGCGUCUGACAGAAGACUGUGACCCUGCUAGCAGCAGGCCCGUGUCUUACUUGUACAGUGUUCGCAUUCCACACAUGAACGGUUUGGAGAGGCACUUUGUAAUAUUUCUGUGCCUGUGUUGGCCUAUUUCCCCGUGUCUGCUCCUUGUCCCUAGUACUGUAACUGCCGCCCAGUCUGUUUCAGCUUGCAGCAGCCCUUACCCUGUUGCUGUAUCUCACAAGCAUCUGGAUGAGUGGGUCGGAACUGACCGUGUUACUUUGAAUUGUCCUACUUUCAAAACAGAAAGGGUCUCUUAAACUACUGUUCUGCAUGGGCUGGGCUGACAAGGCCUUUGUCCCAUGCGUCCCUAGUGUUCCUCUAGCUCUGAUGUAGUAGCUGAAGUCCUGGCACUGAGGGAGCUUUGUAGAGAACUGAGAUGGAAUUUGAAGAGAAGGCAGAAAGUCUAAUUAACCCUUGGAGUGAACUUGGGUUCUGUGUUAUUCAACCAGAAAACAUGAAAACAUCCCUGAGGGUUUCUGGGGUUUAAUUUUGCAAAGGAGAAAGCCUUGUUUUGAAGCCUAUGGUUUCAUCCAGUGCAAGUUGAAUGUAACAAUCUAUGAAGACCUGAAACAGAGGUGGCUUUAGAGAGGGCCAAGACAAAAGCAGCUGCUGGACAGGCCUGGUGGCACAGGCCUACAAUCCCAGCACUUGGGAGCAGAGGCAGGAAGAUGUGGAGUUUAAGAACAGCCUUGGCUACAUACCAAGUUCUAGUUCAAACUGAGUUCCACAGUAAAAACAAAACAGAGCUAAAAGUACUUGCCAGCUCUGAAUAUUCAACUGAGUGGGGGAUGGCUGUGGGUGGCGUUUGUCACGGCCAGUGACUGGCCAUUAGAUCUGCCAGGGUUAUGCGACCCCAUCAGCAUUAUGUUUCAUCCGCCUCAGCCACUCCUCUUUUUCCAGUGGAAGACUGUGACUGCAUCCGUGACUCUGUUUACAAACAAGAAAGAAGGACUUGGGGGCGACAAAUGUGUCACUGUCACCGAAGCCUUCUGUGGGAACCACAGAAAUUGAAGUUACUCUGGAGGGUCUCGGGAUUUCCUGCUCUGCUUUCAGGCCCUGGUUCUUGAGCUACAGUUGGACUGCUGGGUAAUUCCCCUUGAGGCCAGUUUCAUUAGCUCUCAUGAACUAGGAUCAGCUAGCCAAACUGGAAAGUUCUUUGUUCCAGCCUUGAUUUACAGAGCAAGGAUGGAUUUAAAAAAAAAAAAAAAAAAAAAAAAAACCAUGAGAGGGGAAAAAAAAAGUUCAUAAACUACACAGAACAGCUUCUUGCAAGUGUAAAUACUUAGGGGAUUUGUACAAAAUUACACCCACACCAGCACUAGUAGUAAUGACUCUAAAUUAUUGCCAAAAAGUUGUUUUUGUUAAUUUCUGCAUCUAUCGAGUUUACAGAAAAGAAAGCAGCAAAAUACAAAGUUGUCCCUUUAUUGUGUACAUGUGUGGUGUGCACUGAAAGAAGCUAUGUGACAAAAACAACCAAUAGAAAACAAGAUAUAUUACAUUAUUAUUUUUCAAGACAUAUUAUGAUCAGUUUUACCCUGUAAAGCAUAUUUCUG